AAGUUGGAGGAGAAUCAUUUGUUAAGGCCUAAAGCUAUUAAAGAUUUGGUAUUGGGUACAAAACAUGUUAUUGUUCAUCUCUCUAUUCAUUGUUUGGUUUGCGCUAGAGUGAGAGUCAAGUUGGAGGAGAAUGAUUUGUUAAGGCUUAAAGUUACUAGAGAUUUGGAAUAAGGUACAAAACCUGUUAUUUUUCAUUUUUCUAUUUAUUGUUGGGUUUGCUUUGGAGUGAGAGCCAAGUUGAAGGAGAAUUAUUUGUUAAGGGCUUAAAGCUAUUAGAGAUUUGAAAAUGGGUACAAAACCUAUUAUUGUUCAUCUUUCUAUUCAUUGUUUGUUUGCUUUGGAGUGAGGGCCAAAAAUGGAGGAUGAUGAUUUGUUAAAAAUUAAGCUAUUAAAGAUUUGGAAAUGGGUAUAAAACCUGUUAUUGUUCAUCUUUCUAUUCAUUGUUUGGUUUGCUUUGGAGUCAGAGCUAAAAAUGGAGGAGGAUGAUUUGUUAAGGAUUAAGCUAUUAGAGAUUUGGAAUUGGAUGGAAAACCUGUUAUUGUUCAUCUCUCUAUUCAUUGUUUGGUUAAUUUAUUUUGGAGUGAGAGCCAAGUUGGAGGAGAAUGAUUUAAGCUUAGAGCUAUCAGAGAUUUGGAGAAAGAGGGCACCAAAUCAAACCAAGUCUUCUCUGUCACUGCUUCAAUUCACACCACCAUUAAACCAAUUCUCUCUCUCUCUCUCUUCUAACAUUAAUUCCAAGUCGUCGUCUUCUUGUUCUUGUUCUCCAUGUAUCCUAGAAAGCAAGGUCCUCCGAGUCCUCCAUGGACUGAUGACGAGAAAGAAAAACACUACGAUUACUCCAAAAACAAAGACACCCACUUUAACAAUCCCUACCUCCGAUUUGGUGCCUUGGUUUUUGUCUCUCUCUCUCUUUGGCUUCUUGUUCUCCUCCUUUGGUUCCCUCCCAAAACCAGACCCAUUGCUGAGGUUGGUGUUGAUCUUGUCCAAAAACCACAGCAGCAACAAAAUGUCCACCCUCAUCUCAUCCGCACAACCCGAAAUCCCAAUAACAUCAAAACUAGUACCGCCGCCACCGUCGACACCACCAGCACCUCAAAAUCCCCAUUCAAAGUUCCCACGUGCGACCCAAGCCUGUCCGUCUAUGUAUACCCUUUGCCGGCCAAGUUCAACCUUGGAUUGCUGAACCAUUGUCACGCUCUAAACCUUUAUACCGACAUGUGUCCCUAUGUGGCCAACAGCGGCCUCGGCCAGCCGCAUCCCAAAUUAGGCUCCGCCGCCUUGUGGUUCGCCACCCAUCAGUUCAUUGCCGAGGUGAUCUUCCACGCACGAGUGGAGAAUCACCCCUGCCGCACUCUUGAUCCAACACGUGCCGCUAUCUUCUACGUUCCUUUCUACGGCGGCCUCUACGCCUCCAGCAAGUUCAAGGAAGCCAACCUCACCGCUCGCGACGAGCUCGCCUUUGACUUGGUCGACUACGUUCAGUCCCAGCCUUGGUGGAAGAAGCACAAAGGUAGAGACCACUUUAUCACCCUUGGGAGGACCGCGUGGGAUUUCAUGAGGGUUACCGAUGGUCCUGAUUUCGGAUUCAACUCCCUCCUCAACCUACCAGCCGUUAAAAACAUGUCGGUGCUGACCGUGGAGAGGCAACCUUGGAAAGGGUCAAACCAACACGGCUUGCCCUACCCUUCCUAUUUCCACCCGUCCACUUGGCAGGAGAUGGUGGCGUGGCAGAACAGAGUGAGGGGAAUGGACCGACCCCACUUGUUUUCUUUCAUUGGUGGGCCCAGAAAGGGGUUAGAAAAAGCGGCCGUUCGGGACAAGUUCAUAAGGCAAUGCGGUGAGUCGACCCGCUGCAUGCUUUUAAAAUGUGGGUCUGGGGCCAGCAAAUGCCACGUGCCCAGCGAGGUGCUAAAGGUGAUGACGGAGUCGCAGUUCUGCUUACAAGCGCCCGGCGACUCGUUCACCCGGCGGUCAACCUUCGACUCGGUGCUUGCCGGCUGCAUACCGGUUUUCUCGUCGCCGCACACGGCGUACACUCAGUACAAGUGGUUUUUACCUGGUGACGAGAGCACGUAUUCGGUUUACAUUGACGAGAAGAGCGACGCGAGUAAGAGAAUCGAAGAGGAGCUGCUGAAGAUUCCGAAAGAAAAGGUGACGGCGAUGCGAGAAAAGCUCAUAGAAUUGAUCCCAAGUCUGACUUACGCGCAUCCGAAUGCGACUAAUCUUGGGUUUGGGGACGCCGUGGACGUUGCACUUGCAUCGUUGGCCAAGCACGUCCAGAAAAUUAUAUGAUUAAUUAAGAGAUUCAUGGAUUAAUUGGAUAUUGGAUGAUGAGAGAGGUGGAUUUUAUGUCUGUUACCAUAUAGAGAAAACUAGCUGAGGUGCGUAGAAAAGUCGUGUGUGUGUAUAUAUAUUAUUAAACUUUUUUACUAUUACAAUAAUUUAGGACGAGAAUUUCGAACAUGUGAUGUAUGAAUAGAAACUCAACACUUUAUUCAUUAAAAUGUUGGACCACAUGCAUAUAUAUGUUGAUUGAUAUGAAGAAUGCUUUCUUGUCUUAA